CCCCUCCCCGGACGUAGACCUCCCUCGUUUGCCUUUGGUACUCCUGGAGCACUGAUAAGAGGGGGUUAAUUUUUCAGCUAUUCUAGUCAUUCCUUCAAACAAAAAAAUAAAUAAGUCCGUAUGACUCAUCUUCGGUUAUAAACCAAAAGCAACCACUAAGUGGUUCUUUCCUUCCUUUAUUUCUUUUUUGAUAUGAAAUUGAGCAAACAAAGGCAAAUCUCCAAACUGUUGUGUAGCACAUAUUGGCCGAAUUGAUGAAUGAGAAUGAUCUAGGAAGCAGUACAUUUCUUUAGUGUGAAUCUUUUAUUUUGUUUGGAGUGGAGCUUAUGCAGUUCCAUCAGCAACUUUUCUUAUCCAGAUUGUGUAUUCAAUUCCACUGGGUUUUUGUUAUUGUUCCAGCAUAAGGUGCUAGAAGUGAACCUUCAUAAAGUGGGAAACGCCUCACAUCUCCAGCAGUUGUAGUUGUAGAAGUUCCGUGUACCCACACACUGUUCUGUGGGAAUUCCAUCCAUUGGAUGGUAACAACAGUAGAAGGGGAACUUGGUGUUCUAAGAAUCUCUAAAAGGAAGGUUUGGGUAUCUUCCCAUCCAGGAUCAGAGGGAGUACAGCUGCCAGGACAAAUCUCGGAUAACUAUAGAAUUUGUUUCACAGUGAGGUCCCUUGUUUGCAUUUGCACACAGAGUAAAGGAGUCGCAUUCGACGAGAAACUUAAAAAGAAGCUAAAAGAAUCAGGGAAAAAUGAAGAACGAAAUUGCUGCUGUUGUCUUCUUUUUCACAAGGCUGGUGCGAAAACAUGAUAAGUUGAAAAAAGAAGCCGUUGAGAGGUUUGCUGAGAAACUGACUCAAAUACUUCAAGAGAAAUAUAAAAAUCACUGGUAUCCAGAAAAACCAUCAAAAGGACAGGCCUACAGAUGCAUUCGUGUUAAUAAGUUUCAGAGAGUUGAUCCCGAUGUCCUGAAAGCCUGUGAGAAUAGCUGCAUCUUGUACAGUGACCUGGGCUUGCCAAAGGAACUUACACUCUGGGUGGACCCAUGUGAGGUGUGCUGCCGGUAUGGAGAGAAAAACAAUGCAUUCAUCGUUGCCAGCUUUGAAAAUGAGGAUGAGAACAAGGAUGAGAUCUCCAAGAAAGUUAGCAGAGCUCUUGAUAAAGUGACCUCUGAUUAUCAUUCAGGAUCCUCUUCUUCAGAUGAAGAAACUGGCAAGGAAGUAGAAGUGAAACCAAAUUCAAUGGCUGCAACACCAAGCCCUGUGUACCAGAUUUCAGAGCUGAUCUUCCCGCCUCUUCCAGUGUGGCACCCACUGCCCAGAAAAAAGCCAGGAAUGUACCGAGGGAGUGGCCACCAGACUCACUACCCUCCCCCUGUUCCAUUUGGCUAUCCAAAUCCAGGAAGGAAGAGUAAACCAUACCGCCCAAUUCCAGUGACAUGGGUACCUUCUCCUGGAAUGCAUUGUGACCGAAACCACUGGAUUAAUCCUCAUAUGUUAGCACCACACUAGCUUAUUUUGAUUUGUGCUGCCAUGUUGAUAGAAAGGAAGACUAUACCUUACUAUAUACUGAAAGUUCAUACUUGUAGUGAAGUUAGAUGGACCAGACCAUCAAACUUAUUUUUAUAGAAAAGCUAUUGAGAAUACUCUUUCUUAAAAAAGUAUAUAUAUAUGCACUUUAGAUAUAUUAAAAUAGUUUGAGAAACUUUAUUAAAGUUAGUCAAGUGCCUGAGUUUUUAAUAUUGGACUUGAGUAUUUAUAUAUUGUGCAUUGACUUUGUUGGAUACAAAAACACUGUAGGAGUGGGCAAUGUGUUCUAGCACCUUUGAGCAUUUACUUUAUGGAGAGUAUAUAAGUUAUUUAUACACAAGGAAAUCUAUUUUAUGUCAUUAUUUAGAAGAAUUGCGUGAAAUCAUGUAGUUGCAAAUAAAAAGUAGUUUGAGGCA